GUGUUUUUGAAAAAUGCCACUAGUGAUCUACAUUGUCGUGGUAUUGUUAACCACGGGGUUGGCAAAGACAGAAAAUUCAAGGGUUAAUUUGAUCGACAAUGGAUACCAGACGAUUGUUGUAGCUUUCCACAAAAACAUGCAAGAAGAAUUGGAUCUACUCGAGAACUUAAAAACUCUUCUUGCCUUAACAUCAAAGUAUUUAUAUCAAGUAACCAACAACCGUGCAUAUUUCCGCAAUGUGACCAUUGUCGUUCCUUCUACAUGGUCCAGUGUGGAGGCCGAAGUGGAAGACAUGUAUCGUUAUUCUGACAUUAGAGUAGAGGUUGGAGGAGAUUCAAAGUAUUCACCAUAUAUGUUACAAUAUGGCGGAUGUGGUCAGCCUGGGAGAUACAUUGGUUUGUCAUCUGAAUAUGGAAAAUUGAAUACUGAUUUAGAACUUAAAGGUAAUAAAGCAUUCCAUACAAGUUUAAAUGAUAGAGUAAUCUGA